CAAGCCUUUUAUGGGCCCCAACUCAGCUGGGAUAUCAGUAUCUGUAUUAUAGCUCCUAUCUAUUCUUAGGUGGCACUUCAGCAGGACUGAGCAGAGCCUUUUUGGUGACCUGUGUAAAAGAGUUACAAAAUGUCUUACAAUGUGACUCUAAAUGGACCUGGACCAUGGGGUUUCCGACUGCAAGGGGGAAAGGACUUCAACAUGCCCUUGACCAUAUCCAGAAUCACCCCUGGCAGCAAAGCAGCCCAGUCCCACAUGAACCAGGGGGACCUUGUGAUAGCCAUUGAUGGAGUCAACACAGAUGGCAUGACCCACUUAGAGGCCCAGAACAAGAUCAAAUCCGCCAGCUACAACCUGAGCCUUACCCUUCAAAAAUCUAAACGCCCAGCUCCAGUUCCAACAGCCACACCUAAAGUUGACUCUCCCAGGCCUGUAAUUCCCCAUCAGAAGGUCAUAGCCAACACUGCUGCCAACACUGAGUAUGUGGAACGCUUCAACCCUAAUGUCCUGAAGGACUCUGCCCUGUCUACACACAAACCCAUUGAGGUGAAAGGCCCGGGUGGCAAGGCCACUAUAAUUCAUGCCCAGUAUAACACCCCGAUCAGCAUGUAUUCCCAGGAUGCUAUCAUGGAUGCCAUCGCAGGCCAGGCACAGGCCCAAGGUGGUGAACUUGCUGGUGAAUCUCCAUUGGCUAGCCUUCCUGUUAAAGAUCCUCACAUAGAUAGUGCCUCUCCAGUGUAUCAGGCUGUGCUUAAAACGCAGAACAAGUCUGAGGAUGAGCUUGACGACUGGACUCGCCGUUCUGCCAAUCUGCAGUCCAAGUCUUUCCGCAUCCUCGCCCAGAUGACGGGAACAGAGUACAUGCAAGACCCGGAUGAAGAAGCCCUGAGGAGAUCAAGUGGCAAGAAAAAUGUUGCUGCAGCAGCUGAAAACAGCCCUACAGGUUCUCAUCAUGUGGCACAGUAUGUGACCUCAAGUAUUUGGCAUCCUCCUAAGUCACGCACCAUGGAUGCCAACAUUGAUAAAGCUAAGCCAGUGGCCUCCCAGGGUUCCGUGAGGUUUGGAACGAGUACAAGUCAAAGGGAAGCCAGUUACAUCAGGACUGGCCAGAAAGCCCCUCUUACUUCAUCCAAUAAUCAAAGUACCCCUGUUGAGCAUGCGCCAGUGUCUACCAGCUCUGCCUCUGCUCGUGUGCCAGUUGCUUCCGCCAAUCAGCCUGCUAGUGCUACUCAAAACACAUCCAGUCAGAUGACACCGCCAUCAGCCACUCCCAUCUCUGUAGUACAAGAUUCCUUCUCUUCCUCUUUCCAAAGCUUCAACCGGCAUUCUUCCACAUCCAUCAGCUACCAGUCAAAAAAGAGAGGUACGGGCCAGUCCUAUUCAUCAACUCCGGUUUCCCAGGGUACCGCUUCUUCCUCAGGCUACAGUGAAAGUCCAGUUCCUGCUCCAAAACCAAGAGUUGUCACUACUGCUAGCAUAAGGCCCUCUGUCUACCAGCCAGCGCCAGCACCAGCACGAGCGCCAGUGCAUUCUUAUACACCAGGCAAGGCUGAUUCUUCAUCCCGCCCUCCUUGGGUAACAGAUGACUCCUUUUCCCAGAAAUUUGCACCUGGAAAAAUCACCACCUCUGUUACCAAACAUACCCUGCCACGGGGUGCUCCAGCACCAUCUCCUGCCUCAUCUUCAGCCUACUCGUCUCAUUCAAUACCAGCCUCUUCCCAGACUCCUGCUGUAGCCCGGGGAACAAUUCAAAGGGCUGAGCGUUUCCCAGCCAGCAACCGAACUCCUCUCUGCGGACACUGUAACAGCAUAAUUCGGGGUCCUUUCCUGGUAGCCAUGGGUCGUUCCUGGCACCCAGAGGAGUUCAACUGUGCUUACUGCAAGACAUCUUUAGCAGAUGUGUGCUUUGUGGAGGAGCAGAACAGCGUGUACUGUGAGCGCUGUUAUGAACAGUUCUUUGCACCAACCUGUGCCAGAUGCCACACCAAGAUCAUGGGGGAAGUGAUGCACGCUCUAAGGCAGACUUGGCACACGACUUGCUUUGUCUGUGCUGCCUGUAAGAAACCAUUUGGGAAUAGCCUCUUCCACAUGGAGGAUGGGGAGCCCUACUGUGAGAAAGAUUACAUUGCUUUGUUCAGCACAAAAUGCCAUGGCUGUGAUUUUCCGGUUGAAGCAGGAGAUAAAUUCAUUGAAGCCCUUGGACACACUUGGCAUGAUACCUGCUUUAUUUGUGCUGUGUGCCAUAUGAAUUUGGAAGGUCAGCCAUUUUACUCCAAGAAGGAUAAGCCACUGUGCAAGAAACAUGCUCAUGCCAUCAAUGUCUAAAAGACCUGGACACUAAUGGCACUGUGAGAAAAUUGGCAACUAACUGAGAAAUUGCAAAAAGGAUAACCCCAAAUGACAUUUCUCAUUGAGGGGAGGGUAGGAACGCUUGGAAGCUAUUGGACACUUCUGAAGUAUAACUUUAAUCACUUUUAUAUUUGCAGAGCAUUUUUUGGCAUGGUCCAUACAGAAAGCUGAAUGAACACUCAAUGGCAAAUUAGUCAAUCUGAGUCAAAUAUUACUGGAAAAGUUAGAACAAAAAUUAAAAAGAUAAAAAUUAAUUUUAAAAAAUGUUUUAUGUAAAAAUAAGUAAUGACAACACCCAGACCAGCCUUAGAACUGAGACCAUACACUAGUGUUUAAAAACAAUUGAAAAUCAUUCUUGAAUUUUGUUACAAGAAAAUAUUAAGUGCCAAAAUAUUAAUUGUAAAAUAAUUUAUAGAAUCAUAGCUUUAAAAAUAAGAUAAACAGAUCAGGAUUUUCUCACCCAAAAGGAAGUAUUAUUCCAUUCUUUAUGUCAUGGUGCUACGUCCAAGCAUCAAUUUUUUGAAUGAACUAGAGACAUCCUAUAGGCCAGGGGUUCUCAACCUUUUCUUUUCUGAGGCCUUCCCAACCCAGCAUGGUAUAAAAACUCCACAGCCUAUCUGUGCCACAACAACAGUUUUUCUGCAUAUAAAAGCCAGGGCCGGCAUUAGAGAGUUGCAAGCAGGGCAGUUGACUGGGGCCAAACACCAGAGGGGGCCCCAUGAAGCUAAGUUGCUCUAGCUUCAGCUUCAGCCCAGAGUGGCGGGGCUUGGAGCAGUGAGGCUUCGGCUUUCUGCCCUGGGCCCCAGUGAGUCUAAUGCCAGCCCUGCUUGGCGGACCCCCUGAAACCUGCUCGUGGCCCCCCUAGGGGGCCUCACCCCCCUGGUUGAGAACUGCUGCUAUAGGCUUUCCCAAACAAGAAGUUUGUCUUGAAUCCUAAUAGAACUACCAUGCUAAGAAGAAGACAAUGAGUGACUGACAGUUUGGGAAUCAGAAUAAAAAUUCAAUGACGCUAAGUCCUUCCACCCAACCCCCAGUUAAACCUUGAUCGGUGCAUGUGGCCUUGUGCACACACAAUGAAUUAUUUCAUUUUCUAAUCAGAGUGGAAAAGGGGAACUGGCUUUCUCUAAUUUUUGCUUAUAUGGAAUGGGCAGUGGGUGGUUGUGUUUCUAGUCAAAGCUGAUUCAUCUUUCCAUUUGUCCUGUGAAUGGAAAACAUCUAGUUACUAUUUGUUUAACACUGCAGACCCAGCCUCCAUUUAGCACAGCUAGGAAGGUUAGGAGUGGCAAACAGCCUGGGAAGGUUCUCUACUCAGUCCCAAAUCCUUGGAAAAGGGGCACCCUUUUUCCUUCCUGUUAAACUGAUAAAACACUUCAUAGAGCAGCACCAAAUCACAGGCACGUGCUCUUAUUACUGUGAUUAUUUUCUAUAAAUGCAACACAUCCCAAGUGUGGUUUUGGUGGCUGUUGUAAGAAGAUACACCGCUACCCUGAUAUAACGCUGUCCUCGCGAGCCAAAAAAUCUUACCACAUUAUAGGUGAAACCGCGUUAUAUCGACUUGCUUUGAUCUGCCGGAGUGCGUAGCGCCCUCCCACCCCCGGAGCACUGCUUUACCGUGAUAUACCGGAUUCGUGUUAUAUCAGGGUAGAGGUGUACAUAGGCUCUCACACAUGAGAAACAGUUAAUAUAUCACCUGUUCUAAUAUUUUAAAAUCAUGACACGUUCUUGCAAGUAUUUAUAAAUGCUUAUAUAUUAUUGUGAAAGGCAGCAACUAUUUAUAGUAUUGACAUUAGCUUUGGAUUUUAAAAUUUAAAUAUCAGCGAUAGUUUUGUAUGUGAGACAGUAAUUUAUUGCUACUCAGCAGCGAAAGAUGAUCAUACUUAAGGACAGAAAGUUCCAUCACUCUUCAAGUUUUCAGCUAUUUAUUUCUGAGUGAGCAUUCUGAUUGUAUAGUGAUUGACAGCAUACAGUAUUGACAAUGUUAAGUCAAUAUUUCUCAGGCUCCAGCUACCUAAUGAUGUAAUGUAUGGGCCCUAUUUUAAUGCAACCAGCACCCCAGUGUGUCUUGGAUUUUUGCACAGUCUAAAUAUAAAAGUGGAUCAUUUGGUGGCUGUCUUUUCCCUCCUAAAAUUCUGUGCCCAUUUUAGGAAACAUGACAUUUUUUUUUAUAGGAUGAAGAGCAUAUCCAGUUGGUGGUGGGAGGGUCAAAAUAAAAGGAACUUUUAUCUCUAGUAUGCAAGUUUCAUAUUGUCUAUGCUAACUAUCCUCAUAUAUCCUGAAAAAAAAUAGUGCCUAAGUUAAAACUGUCCUCUGGCAGCCCUGAGUUGUGUUACCUGUAUUUAUGCCAUAGAGAAUCUUAUUUUCACAGAUCUUAGCAUUUUCACAAGGGUCAGAUUUUUACAUGGAUGAAGUGUAUUCUUAAAAAGUUUUGCCAGUAUAUUAGGUACAAAUAUUUUUUUCUAUAGUAGGCAAUUCUUUUUCCAUUUAUUGGCCUGAUCCUCAGCUGGUUUAAAUCAGCAUAACAGCACUGACUACUCCUGCCAAGGAUCUGGCUCAUUGCAUUCUCCAACAGGAUAAGUUACAAUUAGUUGAAAAAAACACACCUCAUUUUCCAUUCAUAUUUGAUUUCUGUUCCCUAGACACUGAUGUAGUGUUCUUGUAUCUACUGGUGUUGCUCAAGACCUUUCAAGACUCUAGUGCCAUUCAACAAAUGAUAGUGUUUAUCACUCUUUAUUACCUAGCAGUAGAAUUAGCAGCAGGAUCUAUGAUACACCAUGAAUAGACAACAUUGCAGCAGCUCUGUCAGUUGUUUUUUGUGUAUUGCCUACUGACAGGGGUUAACAUCUAGGAUUAUGUCUAUACUACAAGCGCUACAGCUGCAGUGUUGCAGCUACACUGCUGUAAUGCUGUAGUAUAGACACUUAUUUUAGCAAUGGAAGGGGGUUUUCCAUCACUGUAGUAAAUCCACCCUUUUGAGAGGUGGUAGCUAGGUCAACAGAGGAACCUUCCGUUGACCUAGCUGCAGCUACAGUGAAGGUUAGGUUGACCUAAUGUCACACAGGGCAUAACAUUUUUCACAGCCCUGAUUGAUAUAGCUAGGUCAACCUGUUUUAGGUAGAGACCAGCAUACAAUAAAUUUCCUAUUUUGACCUACAUUGCUUCCUAAUAUGAUCCAAAAAUAAGGAUUCCAGUUACCCACACUUGAAAUCUAUAUUUAGACACCCUUUUUGCACAAACCUCAACCAGAAGCUGUGCAUGGCAGUAUACUAUUUUGAAUCUCUUUUGUGUAAAAUACUGUGUAAUCAAUUUAAGUGUUUUGCGAUGUAGAACACACUUCUAGGACAAAUAAGAUACAUGUGCCUAACUUAGAAUAGGACCCUUACAUUAUAUAUCACUACUGUAACUGCUGCAGAAAAACAUAAUUUUCAGGUUGAAAAAUGUGUAUUACUGUUUAUGCCUUUUAACAAUUACCUGUGAUUAAGUCGUAAAACUUCCUAAAGUAAUCUUUUCAUUCUAAUUCACAUGAGGAAUUUUGCCUAGAAGACAAAAAUACUGUACCUCUGAAUGGCCAAAUGAUAAAACUAUACAAGAAUUAUGGUUUUUAUCAAAAGAUUUGCAAAAGAACCCAUCUUAAAUCUACUUUAAAAUAGUCUUUAAUCUCUAUGCAGCUGAAAGUUCAAAAAAUAAUCUUAAGACUUUUUGUGUUGUUUUUUCUUUUUCGAUUUAAUUGCAGCACCGAAAGUAAAUUAAACACUUCAGAAGAAAACUUCACUGUAACUGUUGAAAUUUUCUCUCAACUUUUUAAAAUAACGUUUAGUUUUUUGGUUCAUCAGAUUCACACAGACAAAAAGAAAUUCAACCAAAAUAAGAAAAAUCAUUUAAGUUUGGUCCUUCAGCGGUCAGUAACAUGGGUGAAAUGUUUUAUUUAAGGUUAUUUCUUUUUAUAUUUAAUAAUGUGAAUGUCUACAGCACUAAACACACUUAUUAGUGUCUAAUGCUGGACAGUAUAAUGUUUAUUUGCAAUACUUGUCUCCUGGUAGUAGACAUUAAUUUGUUUAGUAUUUAUAAAUGGUUACAUUUGCAACUGAGUGAUUUAAUGCCUGCAGUGAUCAUGCUAGGAGUCUAGCUUUUAUAAUGUACUGAAAUGUUGACUUUACACCACAAGUGCCCUUGGUUUUAGAUUUUUUUUAAGUCUCUAGUUAUUAGUUCAGAAAGAGAUUGUAGUGUGGUUUUAGAGGUGUGAGUGAACAUAUCUUGCAUGGAUUAUCUGUGCCAAUAUUCUAGCAAUAAAAGGGAUGUGCAAAUACA